AUGGCAUUUCACCAGGUUACAGCCUCAGGCCAGCAGAUGGAAGAGUCUCAUGCCCUACCAGGAGAAAAGGUGAAUACAUUGAGCCAGAAGAGUAAACUCCACACCCAGGAAAAACACCAUCAAGCCCAAAAAGAGCCCAAAGAUCUGGGGGGUGCUCAAGCCACUGUAGCAGAAAAAGGUAAGAAUCAUCUUUCCUCCUCUGCUCAUUUUAAGGGUGUUCCCCAGAGUUCACGUCCUGGAACAGCACACAGUCCUCAAGGUCCUCAGAGAGUACCAUCUGCCACCACUACUGCCGAAGCUGAUUCAUGCACAAGAUCUAAUGCAAGGGCUAACAACCACACAGAAGAAAAGUCAAGAUCCAGGCAAGACCAAGAAGCCACUAAAAACUUGCCAAGAGGCCCUCUGGAUGAGAAAGUAUUUAUGUUGGUGCAUUACCUGCUAUACAAGUAUGAAACGAAAGAGCCCAUUACAAAGACAGACAUGGUAAAAAACGUGCUCCAAAAGUACAAGAACAACUUCACUGAGAUCCUAAGGAGAGCUUCUGAGCACCUGGAGCUGAUCUUCGGCCUUGACUUAAAGGAAGUGGAUCUCAACAGGCACAUCUAUGUCCUCAUCAACAAAGUAGAAGCCAGCUGUGAUGCAAGGCUGAGUGAUGGUAGAUGCAUGCCGAAUACUGGCCUGCUGAUUACUAUCUUGGGUGUGAUCUUUUCAAAGGGUAACUGUGCCGCUGAGGAGCAGGUCUGGAAAGUGUUAAAUAUGAUGGGGUUAUAUGAUGGGAGGAGGCACUUCAUUUUUGGUGAACCCAGGAAGCUCAUCACCAAAGAUUUGGUGCAGAAAAAGUACCUGGAGUACCGCCAGGUGCCCAACAGUUAUCCUCCAUGCUAUGAAUUCCUGUGGGGUCCAAGAGCCCAUGUAGAAACCAGCAAGAUGAAAGUCCUGGAGUUUCUGGCAAAGAUUCAUAAUACAGUUCCCAGUGUCUUCCCCUCUUGGCACGAAGAAGUUUUGAAAGAUGAGGAAGAGAAAACUAAAGUCAGAGCUGCAGCCAGGGUGCAUACUGCCACUGUGGUCAGUGCACCUCCCAAGGUUGAGCCCAGCAGCUUCCCCAGCUCCAAUAAAGUCUGA